AGGAGCUCAGGGCUGGCAAAAAUUCAGAAGCCGAGUUUGUAGGAGAACAUGUGCUUUCCCUGGGAGAUUCUCCAGCCACCAGACACUUCGGAAGAGCUCACAAGCAGCCGUCCUUGUGUGAGUUCCUUGGGCAUGGCAUCAUUCCGGGCAUGCCUACUCAGACAGCUCUGGGGCCAGUAAACUGUGAACAAACCUGUUUGCUUUGCCUGCGUAUAGUAUAGUGCAGCUCCAGCAGAUAAGCCCUAAUUGUUAUGCAACUCCUUAGCGUAAGCUCCUGGCAUGGCUCUUAUGUUUCUCUUGGGCUAAGACCAUCCAAAAUAACAACAAGAAAGCAUGUAACGAAAGGCCCGGCAGAAAAGGACGAGAUCACCCUGGCCUUGAAAGAUCUAGGGAUCGGACAGUCCCUGACUUGAAGCCUCCAAAAUGCUUAGUGUGAUGUAUUUUCUCCGGAGCUUCUUCAAGACGCCAGAGCCAGCAGAGCCCUCCUCAGGUGAUGUUGAAUUGGAAGACAACCAGCUCCUCUCUGCCACAGUGGAUGUAGACAAGCAAAGGCUGAGCCAGGAAACUGAUGAGGAUUAUUUUGAGACCCAGUCUCAUCAGAGUGAGUGUCCAUCGGAUGUAAAAAGUGAGCCAUUUGAGAGCGCUUCUGAUACCGACUCACUGCCCAGUGACAUCACAGCAGAAGCCUACUCCAGUCCAUAUCUCCUGGCUUGUGAGAAAGAAGCAGCAUGUGAUGUGUCUUCAGAUGUUGGGGCAGCCAGUUCCCCUCAGGAAUGUCAUCUGGCUGAUGCUCAGGGGCUUGGGUCAGAGCAACAGGUGACAUUGCCUCCUGACUUAAAGGGAUAUACAUGCAGAGGUGAAAUCAUAUUCUCUGCAGGAACUGAGAAAGGACAGACAGAAGACACAGAGUUGUCCAGCCUAGAGCAGGACCCCGAGUUGCCUUUUGAAUCUUUGCUGGUGACCAUCCCUCUACAAACUGACAUUGGAUCAGAAAGCAGCAAAGAGGAUGGUAGCUUCCCACCAGCCAAAGAGGUUCCUGUGAAAGGUCCUACAGUGAUCUCAGACAGUCCUCUUGAAGAAUGCAAAUCAGAAAGCUUCCUGAGUGCUCUAGCACCCCAUCUGUUUCCUUUCUGGUCCUGCAAAUGGGGCCGGAGUUUGUCAGAUAGCUCCCUCGAGAAAAACAGACUUGACCCCAAAAGGAACAAAGAGGAAUUGGUUCCCCAUCUUUGGCAUGGGUCAGUGCCCCACAUAGGUUGCCUUGGGAGGAAAUUCUAUAGUAGUGAAACCUCUUUAUUUUCAAGAACAAGGAAGAAAAUUCCAGAGACAAGAGGAGAAACAGACUUGCCCUUAUACCCACCCUGCCUAAAACUGCCGUAUUGGGCCCCUAUCAGAACCCCUAACUUCCAACAGACUAAACUAUGUCACAGCGUUCCAGAAAAUAUUGGUUCUCAAAGCAGGGGACCUUCAGAAUACUGCUGUCGGUGUCCAAGUACACUUAGGAGAACCAGAUCUGUAGCAAGUUUUCCUACAGGACAUCCUGAGGGCCCCAGGAGAAAAGAUUUUGGCAAGUUUGAGAGUCAUUCUAAGGGAGCAAAAAAAGUGGAACAAGCUCUAAGGAUACUACACAUCAUUAGUCCUGGUGCCUGCCCAGACCCUGUGCCCAGUCAGCUCCCACAUCCACCUACUGUGGGCGAUACUGACCCACAGGAUCAUCCAGAAUUCCAUGCUUUUAAUUUAGAAAAAAGCCUGCCUGGGGAAGACCUCAAGCUGAAAGGCUGGUCGGGGCAUGAUUCAGAGCAGUGCCAGAAUUCUAUACAUCCCACUUCAGAGUCAUUGAGCAUCAAUGCUGAGAAACUGCCUGGGCCCACCGAUUGCGGGUCUAAACACGACAGAGAAACCCAUGAGUUGCUUCGUGGCAUUGAUGUUACCUCUAAAGCUACCAGUGUGAAUGAUAAACAAAAGCAUCCCAUAGAUAUUUCUGUCAAGACAGGAAAUCAAACCAGUAAUUAUACACCAAGGGAUGUUCCAAGCAAGGAAAUAAGUCUCUCCACUAACCUCAAACAAAUUGAGCUUCAAUCCUCGAGUCAUUGGAGCAACAGUGUGGCCCAGACAGGGGAUAGAGACCCGAUGGGUUGUUCUGGACUGAAUCUGAGUUCAGAUGAUCCAGAGACCACACUAAAAUCAAGUGAAAGAGAUAUUGCAAAGGAAGCAGAGACAGUUAUGGUACUGGAUCCCAGCUGUAGAAACAGGGCAUCAGGAGAUUAUUCUGAUGUGACUGGAACUACUUUGCCGGAAGCAAGCACUGAGGAUGAAACAUAUGCUUCUGGAUCAGCUGAUAGGACCACACCCCCUCCAGCUUUCCAGCAGCCUGAGGACAAGACAGGGAAAAACUCCAAGGGCAAAUCAGGGCUCAUCAUUAUAGCUGUGGAGCAGAAGGGUUUGCAGGCUACCAGGCGGAAACCAAAUCCUACAAAUUCUGUUUCAGAACUUUGGCCAAGUAAGACCCUUGGAAGCUUCCGGGAUGAAAACUCAGGAUCAUCCAGUGAUGCCCCCUCAGCUCUCUGUGGGCUCAAUGGGGCUGAGGAAGUAGAAACUGAUGGCAGCGAAUGCAGGUUCCAUGAAUCAACUAUCUUAGAAAGCAAAAAUGAGUCUCUGGUUGUAUCCAGAGAAAACACAGACUUGGGGCAACAGGUAGCUGAGGAAACAGCCUUGGAAGUAACUCAGGUGCCUGAUGCUGCCCCAGAAGAGGAGCCCCUGGGUGAUGUUAACUUGCUUUUGGAAGGACCACAAGAAACUGACUCAAGCAUCCUAGGGAAUGAGUCCUUCCACUCAGGGAGUGUGAAGGGGGAUAUAGACGAUGGACUGGAUGACCCCUCAGAAAGAGAGUUGCUAGUUGAUAGCCAGAACUCAGGGGCCAGACUUGAUACAAAGCAAGUAGAUGUGGCUCCAGAGAAAGAGAAUGAACAUGACAUCUGUGUGGCUCAUUUGAUUCUGGAGGAGACAGAUGCCACUCAAACAUCUGGUUGUCUGAAUCUCACUGAUGCAGCCUUGGAAGACACCACUAAUGCAGAAGAGACCCCCAAAGGGGGAGGAAUUGAAAGAGAGAGCAAAGACCUGAGGCCACUGAGCCCUGGUGAUUAUUUUCCUGAUACGGAAACCAACCUGAGCUCCAUCUUAGAAGAAGGAGAAGCUGAUGAGCAUAGCCGUAGCCUUACAGGGCCCAAGGCCUCUCCUAGUCAAGAAAAAAAUUUAGAUCCAACUGCCCCUGAACUACUUGACAUUAGUUUUGGCAACAUCAACUGUGACGACCUGGAGGCACUUUCCCUUCAUCAUUUGGGAAGUAAUGCCAGCCACUAUAAAGCUGCACAGAAAGGGAACAAGACUGGCCUAGCUGGAAGGCCCUCCAAGUUCCUUGUUUUUCCCAAGAUGGCCUCCUUCAAGAAAAAUAAAACCUCAGGGGUUGAAAACUUUCUAGGUAGCAGCACCCGCAUCAGCAAGAUGAAGGUAGAGGACCCAGAUGUAAGUAAAGAUGAUGGGGUGCAGCAGAGCCCUCAGGCACUGAAUACUGACUUGUCCAGUAUCAUCUCUCCAAGCAAGGAGAAUUGCACCUUGGAAUAUUCAGAUGAUGAAGAGCUCAAUGACAAACGUCCAUUUAACAGGAUUAGUUUAAGGAGGGCUUCUGGGGCUGGCAGGAUUCCUUUGGAAGACUUAGACAUGAGUAUUCCCUAUCCAAAAUGUGAUAGGGAAGGGGGAGGAGAAAAAGGAGGCAGGUUAAGCUUACCAGAAAGUAGUGGUAUGGAGAUACCAGAAGAUUUCGCUGCCAGACGGCUGUCCUCCGAAAGUAAUGAAUCAAAGCGAUUCAAAAGCACAGAAAAGAAAAUCAGGACUAGGCUGGCUCUUGCUCAUAAAUCCUUUUCUAACUUCUUUGAACCCAAAGGUCUAGAGAAGGAGAAUGCUGACCAGAGUUCUAGAUGUUCACUUAAGAUUGAAAAGGAGAAGACCAAACUGCGCCAAAGCUCCUGGAAAACAUUACUGAAAGGCAAAGAAAGUGAUGGAAUGAGAAGGCCAGCUUUAGCAAGCCUGGCUCAGUCUCAGGAAAUCCUACAAUCCCCCAGUUGUCCGCUGCAAGGGGUCAGUGAUGAGGGUGGGAAACUAACCAAUGACAAGGAGGGGCAGUCCAAGAAGCAGACAUUUCUAAGUGCUCCCUGUGUCCCUCUGCAAGUCCCCUGCUCCACCAUGCCAGCCAGGGAUUUGGCAUCACCAGAUCAAAGGAGAAAAAGUGAACCAGCCAUCAAAUGCAUGACCGCCCGAGAAAGUGGAGAACCCCUGCAGACAAUGGGGGGUAGUUUGGCUGUCUUUCCUGAGGAAGCCUGGCUGAAAUCACCUGGCAGUCCCUCGAUCCAUCAGAUCACAUCCCUUAGCUACCCCUGCUCCCCUGUGUAUGACAAUAAGGACAUGCCCUGCAAGCCAAUGAGUCCCAAACCCCAGAGCCCCAGGCCCAAUGCUCAGUGCAGAAGCUUCCAAUACUCUGGGAGGGUCAAUGCCAUCUCCAUGAUUUCUCUGGGGAACUACUAUAAUACAGAUGGCAGUUCUGAGGCACCUGAGAGGCCAAAGACCCUCAAACCCCGAGCCACUUUCCUACUUUCCUUGCAUGACUUGGACCAAGAGUGCCAAAAGGAAGAGAAUGGGACAAGCCCCCUGUCUCAGGGUAGCUUGACCACAGCGUCUUCUGCUCAGGAGGUCCUGGAAAAUAAGGACCCCACCUUCCAAAACAACACGCUGUCUGAAGGAAGACCAGGUGAGAAGCUGGUUUGCCACUUUGGUAAGAGGGUCCCUCCCACAGGGUCCACCCAAAGACCAUUCUCCACCAUUGAGAACAUCACCUGGACUUUCCCCUUCCUCACUGAAGACAGAAACCUCUCGGAGACAUCCCACAAGACUACAAUGAUGUCUAGGAACCACUAUGCCAGCUUUGAUGACUUGUGGCUGGAGAAGCAGCGGAAAAGGAAAUUAAAAAAACAGGCCCAUUUGGAGAGGGGGGUGCAUGCUGGGACGCUGCCAAAGGACCUGGUCAAAGCUAGCAUGAAGAUGUCCCUUACUUCUCCUGUGCCUUUAGACAUUCUUGCUCUGAAGAUACAGCCAUUCUCCCAGAGUGCACCAACCUGUUUGGACCACAAGUGCUGGAAAGAGCACAUCUCAUUCUCUGUGAUUCCUGAUGGAGCCCUGGAUAAGUCAGCCCUUGGAGAUGAGCUGGGGAGUGAGGAGGACCUGUAUGAGGACUUCCGAAGCUCCAGCCACCAUUACGGCCACCCAGGAGGAGGAGGGGAGCAGCUGGCCAUCAAUGAGCUUAUCAGUGAUGGCAGUGUGGUCUAUGCUGAGGCACUCUGGGACCAUGUCACCAUGGAUGACCAAGAACUGGGAUUCAAAGCUGGAGAUGUCAUUGAAGUAAUGGAUGCCACCAACAAAGAGUGGUGGUGGGGGCGGAUCCUGGAUGGUGAGGGCUGGUUUCCUGCCAGCUUUGUCCGGCUUCGAGUCAACCAGGAUGAACCCAUGGAAGACUACCCUGCCAAGGCCGAGGAUGGCAAAGAGGCAGACACUGGCAGCAUCUCUCGGCGCCAAGGCACGGCACAGACCAGCAAGGAUCAGAUGAGGACCAAUGUCAUAAACGAGAUCAUCAGCACGGAGAAGGAUUACAUCAAACACCUGAAGGACAUCUGCGAGGGUUACAUCAAACAGUGCCGCAAGCGGGCGGACAUGUUUACAGAAGAGCAGCUGAAGACAAUCUUUGGGAACAUCGAGGAGAUUUACAAGUGCCAGAAAAAGUUUGUGAAGGCUCUGGAAAAGAAGUUCAACAAGGACCAUCCCCACCUGAGCGAGCUGGGCUCUUGCUUCUUAGAAUAUCAAAAUGAUUUCCAGAUCUACUCGGAAUACUGCAACAACCACCCCAAUGCCUGUGUGGAGCUUUCUAAGCUGGCCAAAGUCAACAAGUAUGUGUACUUCUUUGAAGCCUGCCGGCUGCUCCAGAAGAUGAUUGACAUCUCCCUGGAUGGUUUCUUGCUGACCCCAGUGCAGAAGAUCUGCAAAUAUCCCCUGCAACUGGCUGAGCUGCUCAAGUACACCAAUCCCCAGCAUAGGGAUUUCAAAGAUGUAGAAGCUGCCUUAAAUGCUAUGAAGAACGUAGCCCGACUCAUCAAUGAGCGGAAGAGGAGACUUGAAAAUAUAGAUAAAAUUGCUCAAUGGCAGAGUUCAAUAGAGGACUGGGAGGGUGAAGACGUCCUUGCCAGAAGCUCUGAACUCAUCCACUCUGGUGAAUUAACCAGAAUCUCUCAACCCCAAGCCAAGAGCCAACAGCGAAUGUUUUUCCUCUUCGACCACCAGCUCAUCUACUGUAAAAAGGACCUUCUCCGGAGGGACAUCUUGUACUACAAGGGCCGAAUCAACAUGGAUGACAUGGAGAUCGUGGACUUGGAAGAUGGGAAGGACAAGGACUUUAACGUCAGUGUCAAAAAUGCCUUCAAGCUUCAUUGCAGCUCCACUGAUGAAAGCCAUCUCUUCUGCGCUAAGAAACCUGAGCAGAAAUUGCGCUGGCUCAAGGCCUUUGAGAAUGAGAGGAAACAAGUCCAGCUGGACCAGGAGACAGGCUUCUCCAUCACAGAGGUACAGAAGAAACAGGCCAUGCUGAAUGCAAACAAACAACAGUCCAGUGGGAAACCCAAAGCCGUGAACCGGCCUUACUAUGACUUCCUGAUGCGCCAGAAGCAUCCCACGCUGCCUGCCAACCUCCCACAGCAGCAAGUCUUCAUGCUGGCCGAACCCAAGCGGAAGCCAUCAAACUUCUGGCAGAAUAUCAGCAGGCUGACCCCCUUCCGCAAGUGACCAGCUGGAAGGGGUGGCCCCCUGUGCCCGUGCCUCAACAUCUCCCUUCUCCUCACCCCUUCCAAUAAAGCACUUUAAGGAUCGGCCCAAAUGGACUCAUCACCGGCUCUUCCAGCCCUCUCUGCUCCCUCCAUUCCCAAGUCUCCCUGUCUCCCUCCCUCUCACAUCCCCAGCCCUACAUCCUUCCUUUCCCUAUUUAUUUUGCAAACUGAAUUCUCAAGUGGGGGAGGCAGCAAUUUGGUGUCAUCGGGGUUGGUGCCUUUUUUGUUGUUUUACUUCCUUGACAUUAAGGGCGAGCUGGGGAGAUCAUCCUAAACCAGACCAUGGACCACCCAAGGACCCUCUUGCAGCGACUGGCCUUUGUGUUAGAUCUUUCUUAGCCGCCCUACCAGCAACACCCCUUUCCCCCCCCAAGCUGGGGACACAGGGGCAGCUCUCAUCCUCUCCCCACAACCAUUUGCCCACCAAAAGGACUCCAACUUUUAACCGGUUUGGCCACCAUCUUGACCUGUCUCACUGGCCCUGAGGAACCCCCCCGGAACAACAUCUGGCACUGACUGAGCAUACUUAGAACUAUGGGUUCUCACUGACUUGACUUCUAUCCUGUGUUUCAGGUUUUUGUUGUUUCAUUCAAGGGUCAAUCCCAGGCUCUUUCCUCUUUGGAAAUUCUCCUGUGGCCUAGAAGUGGUUUCUUAGCAGGUGUAACCAAUCAUUUGGCCUUCUUUUCUGUCUGUAUAUGUUUCACUGACCCUUGUUACCUUCUUUCUAGCUUUCCCCAGCCAUGGGGUGAACCCCUCCCCAGUCCAUGUUGAAUGGCACCAUUCAGCUACCGCAUGGAGUAAAGUUCAACAAACCUAGUUUCUGAUGUGUUUUUCCCCUCCUUUGAGUUAGGUAAAUUAGGAAACGGGAAUACUGUGCCUAAGCAAAUCUUGUAUCAGAGCUGUUCUUGACUUUCUAUCCCAUAACCUUCAUGACAUUGCUCCUGCCAAUUCAUUCCUCAACUCUGCUCCAGUCCUGGCCAAUGAAAAUGCCCUCUUCAUUUGUAAUGUGUUUAUUUAUGGUCAAAAGAAAACAAAAACAAA